AUGUGGCUCUAUCUGGUGGCACUUGUAAGCCUGUGGACACUCCUGUGCUGGCUAAGGGAGAGGCAGGUGGUGGACCAUCUCCAAGACAAGUAUGUUUUCAUCACAGGCUGUGGCUCGGGCUUUGGGGAUAUACUGGCCAGACAACUGGACAGGAGAGGCAUGAGGGUGCUGGCUGCCUGUCAGAAGGAGGAUGGAGCCAAGCAGCUGAAAAACAAGACACCAGAGAGGUUGGAGACACUAAUCCUUGAUGUCACCAAGACAGAGAGUAUUGUGGCAGCCACUCAGUGGGUAAAGGAGCGUGUUGGGAACAGAGGACUCUGGGGCCUGGUCAACAAUGCUGGCAUCACCACCCCCUCGGGUCACAAUGAGUGGCUGAGCAAACAGGACUUUGCAACUGUACUGGAUGUGAACCUGUUGGGCAUGAUCAAGGAGACACUGAGCAUGCUGCCCUUAGUGAGGAAGGCGAGGGACAAUGUGGUCAAUGUCUCCAGCAUCAUGGGUCAAAUUUCUUUUGGUGGAGGUGGUUACUGCAUCUCCAAGUAUGGAAUAGAGGCAUUAUCAGACUCUCUCAGGUCCUAG